UUGCUCUCGAUCCGACAGACCACCUAAGAGAACAUAUUGUCUAUUUGCUUGCUUCACACUUCCGCAUUCCCAAAUCAAACAAUAACCAGAAAGGAAGGAAUAAACAACUUCUAGUUAUUCUUCUUAUAAUUAGCUUCCUUAAUUUCUUUCAAGUUUCUUAGAUCCCCAAAAAAACCAUCUAUGGAGGACUGCAACACCCUUGUUUCAGACUGCAUAAUCAUCUCUUGCUGCUGUCAAUGUCUGAUCCUACAAUUCGUGCUCUUCGUGUUCGUUCAACUCCCUCGUAAACUCGCUAAAAAGACUAAACAAUACGCCAAACGGAAACUUAAUCGAAACAGGAAAAACAAGACGGAAUUAAAUGUAGAUCAGAUCAAACCAAGAAGAGUUGAUCAUGAUGAAGAUUUUGUGUUAAUGAAUGAAAUUCAUGAUUGGGGAAGCUGUAAUCAAGAGAUUGAGAGGGUUUUAAUGGAGUUGUCUUUAAAUGGAGAGUUUGCUUUUGGUAGUUUUUGGGGAAGAAAUUCUCAACUUCAAAAUAUCAAAUAUUAUUCCGAAAAUUGUAAAUGUAAAUGUAAUUGUAGUGGGAGUUUGACAAUACAAAAUCAUUUGCAACAAUUUGGUAGUCACGUUGUAGACUUUUAUUUCAUUAAAGUUAUCAAACCUUUUUAACUACUAAUUUUGUUGAUUUGUAUGAUUGUUUGCCAUCUCAAAAUUCUAUACUUCUUCAAAAAGAGCAUCACAAAUCAAAAAGUGGUUAGUGAGUUAGUUAUUCUUAGUUAUUCUUGUAAGAGAUUGAAGAGAUUGUUUUUCAGCGAAAAUAUCUCAAAAUAAAAUAUAUUGAUGUAUGAGACGGUUUCAUCGAAAGAAGUUCCACAUAUAUGAAUUAAAUAAAUAAUUCAUCUCAUACAUAUUAAUAUAUUAUGAGUAUAUAGACUCUUUGUUUGAGGUCGUCUCAUCAAGAAACGAUCUCAUACAAUAGUAGCUCAA